AGAGAGGCAUUUAUCUGACUGAGCUAGCCUUCCCUGCUAGCCCACAACAGACAGACAGACGGACAGGGAGGAUAUUGCACAGCUCACACUACAGAGAGGAGAGACUGGCUGCUAAAGCACUGACUAACUGAGAAGUCCCAGGGACAUGCACACACAUACACGCUUUCUCUCUCUCUCUCUCGCUCUCUCUCUCUCUCUCUCUCUCUCUCACACACACACAUACAUCCACAUACCCACAGACUCCUCUGACACCUACACACACACACACCUACAUACACACAGCUACACACACACAGCUACACACUACACACACACAGCUUGUGUGUAAGUAAUCAGGAGCAGUGGGACCACAGUAACUCUAAACCUUCUAAGGAAAAGGAAUACCACUAACUGUUUCAUCUCUGAACGCUCAAUACUAAUCUCUGGCCUCCACAGAACCCCCUGAAACAUCCGGAAACAGACGGAAACAGACAAGACAAUGUCUGCUAUUGGACGACGGUCUCCUCUGCCGGGAUUACACAGCCGACACACACAGUGAGGAUUACACUGAGAUAGACUGAAGGACAUCAACAUAAAGACUGGCCUCAUUCAUACAGAGAGACAGUGAGACAGACGGACAUCAACCUACAGCCUUGUGUCCUUACAACAGAAAGACAGACAACAACUCCAAACAGAGAGAGACAUCACACAAGUGCCUGGUCACUCUCCAACCCUCCUACCCUCUACCCACUCCACCUCCCACCAGCUGGCCUCAGCGCCCCAGCCAGGGGUUAUAGGUCACAGGUCAGGGGGACCAGCCCGUCCAGGCUCCUAGUGAACAGCGCUAGGAGGGCUCUGUCUGGCACUCUGUUCUGUUCUGUCUGCCAGAGCAGACAGCAGUAUUUCAGCAUGUUGUCCGUGGCGCCCCACAGCAGUGCAUUAUAAUGCCCAGAUGGAUGCCAUUGCCAUGCAACCUGCCUAACUUGCUGUCGGGACUGUACCUUCACAUCAUCUUCCUGCUGGGCAGCGUGUGUGUGGCCUGCAGCGACUGCACACCCGAGCAGCUUGCCGCCAUCAUGAACUGCUCCAAGCACGAACGCCACGCACGGAACUACGACUACAUGGAAGGGGGAGACGUACGCAUACGACAGCUGUUCAGCCGGACGCAGUGGUUCCUUACCGUUGACGACUACGGCAACAUCAACGGGACACAAGAUCCCACCAACUGUUACAGUAUCCUGGAGGUCCGUACGGUGUCUGAGGGAGGAGUGUUAGCUAUCAAAGGAGUGAAGAGUCAGUACUAUAUCUCCAUGAACAGGACUGGCCUGCUGCAAGGCAAGAAAAUCUACAAUGAGAACUGCAACUUCAAGGAGAUUUUCCUAGAAAACUACUUCAACGCUUACUCGUCUGUUAAGUGGAGUACAAACGGCAAAGAGAUGUUCAUUGCUCUGUCUCAAAAGGGAAGACCGCUGAGAGGGAAGAAGACCAGGAGGGAACACGUCGCCUCCCACUUCAUUCCCAUGAAAUGCAGAGAGGAGGAGAGGACUGGCGUCUGAGAGAAGGAGACUGAAAAAGGAAGAGGUGACUGGAGCCUGAGAGGAGGAGAGGACUGAAAGAGGAGAGGAGGAGAGGACUGAAAGAGGAGAGGAGGAGAGGACUGAAAGAGGAAAUGACUGAAAGAGGAGAGGAUAGAAAAAGGAGGAGAGGACUGAAAGAGGAGAGGAGGAGAUGACUGAAAGAGGAGGAGAGGAGAAUAGGACUGAAUGAGGAGGAGAGCAGGAGAGGACAGAAAGAGGAGGUAAGAAGGAUAGAAGAGAGGACUGAGAGAGCAGAGAGGACAGAAGGAGGAGGAAAGAAGGAUAGAAGAGAGGACAGAGAGCAGAAAAGACUGAGAACAGAAAGGACUGAAGCUGUGACGUCUGGAUGAAGAGACCCAUGUUGGGAUUCUUGGACGUUGUGAUGGCUGAGCUGCAGAUCUUUGUUGUAUAAUUUAAUAUAAUCUAACUCCAGUCAGUACAGUAUACCACUUCAGUCACGCCAUAUUAGCUGUGAAACACAGAAAAUACAACUACUCAUCAUUAUCAACAACACCACUCUCCUGGCUGGUACAAUGUAAAUAAGUUCUGUAGUUACUUAUCCUUUCAUGUGCCAAGGUUUUUAGUGUAAAACUGAUGCACGGUCCUCCUCAGGAGUGCAAAUGUUAAAGGUCCAAUGCAGCUGUUCUGAGUAACAAUUAAGUACCUUACUGUGAUUGAUUUCAAUAAAAAUUGUGAAAAAGAAACAUUUGCUUCUUAGCAAAGAGCAAUUUCUCAAGCAAGAAUUUAGCUAGGACAGUAUGUGAGUGGUCUGUGUGGGGAGGGGAAAACUGAAAACUAGCUGCUAUUGGCAGAGAGAUUUGAAACUCUCUUUCUUAUUGGCGAUGUCAACAGGCAGGCCAAAACUCCAUGCCACCAAAACAGGCUGAACUGUCAUGCAGUCUUCUCAAACAGCUCUUACACUAAUAGGGAAUUAUCAUGAUUUUCAAAAGUUCACAGUAUUAUUCCAACCUCUCUGUGUGUGUAAAUAUAUAUAAAAAAAACAGGUAGUGGUCAAUAAUACUAACAAUAUCGUUGAUAUGGAUGAAGUCAAGCACUCUGUUUCAGCAUACAUAAUGGUUGUUUUGGGAUAAACGCAAUACAGGGAAAGGAAUUAGAAAAGGGAUGUUUGAGAACAUUUAUAAUAAAACUGUUCCUACUGACUGAAUUCUCCAGGCAAUGUCAAAACAUAAUGUCAAAACAUAAUGUCAAAACAUAAUGUCAAAACAUAAUGUCAAAGUAAGCUGAUCAGUCACUUACUUUACUCAAGUAUUAUUAUUGAUAAUAGUUUUACUAUUAUACUAGUUUUAGUUCCCUUAUUAUAAUGGGUAAUAGUGUAAUGAAUAUAGGAGAAGUAAUAAAAUACAGUUGGUAUUUACCUGGAAUUUGCAAAAAAAACCAGCUUGUUAUCAUUUGUAUUAUUAUGGGUGGUUAGAGCCCUGAAUGCUGAUUGUCUGAGAAACGUAGUAUAUCAGACCGUAUACCACCGGUAUGACAAAACAUGUAUUUUACUGCUCUAAUUCCAAUGGUAACCAGUUUAUAAUAACAAUAAGGCACCUCAGGGGUUUGUGGUAUAUGGCCAAUAUAGUUCGGCUGAGGGCUGUAUCCAGGCACUCCAAUAUAGUUCGACUGAGGGCUGUAUCCAGGCACUCCACGUUGUGUCGUGCUUAACAGCCCUUAUCCGUGGCCAUAUACACCACACUCCCCUCGGGCCUUAUUGAUUCAUUAUAGACUACUUAAUCAAUCAAGAAAAUUGGAAAUGAUGUGAUAUCAAAUAGCACCUAUUGUAGUGCUCCAUGUUUCAUUUCAUCCCAAACAUUCUAAGAGCUAGUUACUGAGUAAUAAUUCUUUGUUUCCAUGUUAUGUUUAAGAGCUAGUAACUGAGUAAUAAUGAUUUGUUUCCAUGUUAUGUUUAAGAGCUAGUAACUGAGUAAUAAUUAUUUGUUUCCAGGUUAUGUUUAAGAGCUAGUAACUGAGUAAUAAUUAUUUGUUUCCAUGUUAUGUUUAAGAGCUAGUAACUGAGUAAUGAUAAUUUGUUUCCAUGUAAUGUAAGUAAAUAGCAGGUAGAAAGCAGACUGUAAAAUAAAGUGUAACUAAACGUAGUAUAAUAAGAAAACAAUACAAUAUACAUAUUAACAGGUAUGAACUGUCAGCAGAGAACAACCAAAGCAAAAACUCAGUUGGCUUGAGGUUGGAUCAAUGUAAAGACAGACAGCAAGCUGGACUUGUCUUUUCACUGUACAAGUGUUCAAAGCAUACUAUAUAUAUAUAUACACACACACAGUAUAUUGAUAAAUAUAUAUGUACGAACUAAAAUACAUAUGUAAUUAGAUGUGACAGCUGCUCAUUGACUCCCAAUUAAUUUACUAAGGUUUGAUAAUGACUGUGUACCAAAUGGCACUGUAUUUCCUACAUAUAUAAAAUAAUGUACUUUGUGGGAUAAAUAAAGUAUUUUUAAUGUAAUAAAAAGUAGUGCACUAUGUAGGGAAUAGGGUACCAUGUGGGACGCAAAUUUAACAAUGCAAGAAUGUAACGCUGCUGAUGCUGAUGAAGUUAGGAAUGAUAUCUGGAUUAAAGUACAGAGAGACCAGAACACACAGCGUGUUAAAUGUGUAUGUUAUACUGUAUGCCUUGAUCUUCCUCCACUAUAAUUAAUGAUUAUAUCAAUUGUUAGCGUUGAUCUCUGUUAUGCACCUGACGUGUUAAAUGGUAUUUUUUUUUUUACUUUGAGAUGAGUGUUAUAUCCCAACUAGCACCCUGUUCUAUAUAUAUGGGCCCUGGUUAAAAGUAGUGCACUACUCAGACAAUAGGGUGCCAUUUGGGACAUAUACAGGCUUUUUUUCUGUUGAGACAUUCCAUGUUGUGCCAGAUACCAUAAUGCUUUACUAAGGUAUUGUUGGUCUCACUAAGGAAUUGAAGUUAACUGCAGCAGCAUACCAGAGGCUUCAUUUAACCACUUCAUUCCUUUAAUCUCUUCUGUUUUGGGAUGUUCCUGAAGCACAUCACACAUACCGUACUCGUCAUCUCACUACCUACAGGAAGACCUUUUAAAUAAUGUUUUAACAACCUUUAAGACAUUCACUCUGUCUGCAUAGUUACAACUAAACUGCAAAAUCUCCAUACUGGCCUAUAACGUUUGUGUUAUUAUCCAUUGUUGUAAGUUAUUAUUUGUGUUAUUUAUAUAAAAACCAAAGAUGAGUUAUUA